AUGUUUCAUGUAGCAUUGCUCCUCGCUCUAGCGACCUCAAUAAACGGCCAGGGAUGGAACUGGCAGCCGUUCAACCAAUGGCAACAGCCUCAACCUCAGGUUUCGUUCAGUUUUUUUCGUUUUAAUGAAGAAAAAAAUUGUGCUACAAUAACCUAUUUCUAUGAAGAUAUGGAGCAGAUUCAUUCAAAAUCGAGAAAAUGAGAAAGUAUAUGUGGGAUGAUUUUAUCAUUCACUAGACCAGCUAAUCAGUUGGAAAUUUGGAUUUAAAGAUUCUCGAGAUUUUUUUUAUUCGAAUCUUGUAUUACAUUCAGCCCUCUUGCAAAAAAAUGUUCAAGAAAUAUUAAAGUCUAGCAUGAGCAAUAAAAUCAAAGAGGCUAAACCCUGAAACCUCCAUGUUCCAGCUGCUUUUUUAAGUUUUAUCUAAGAAAUUUGGUUUUGAAGUUACUCGAAGACUCAAAAAUAAGAAAAAAGACCUGUUCAAAAAAAAGAAAUUUUAAAGCCUCGUAAACCAAGUUUUAGUGGGGAUUCGCGCAGCAACAGCAGGCCCAACAGGUCGCAGCGCAAGGCGUUACGCAACAAAACGCAGUCAGUCAGAGGCUUCAAUUGAUGUGAGUUUUUUGAACUGUUUCUAAAGAUCAAAUGAAGAAAUUUGAAUAAAAUGCUUUUAGCUACGGCAUUCCCGGCCAGAGAAACGCGAACCAAAAACUGCGCGUCUGCUGUCGUUCCUUGAAAGAUGCCGACAUCGAGUGCCGACGUCGCUACUGUGAUUUUGAAGCUUUUCGGCCGGACCAGGUAUUUUUUAUUUGAAAUAACGUUAAUAAGGUUGUCUUCAGGUACUCGGAUACCUUGCUCAGUGCUCGCCGAAGGGACCGACUGUUGGUCAAAUGUGGGACUGCGCCUCGUCUAGAGCCGACCACACCGCUUGCUGUGUCCGUCAAGGGGUUCGUAUCAUAUUUUUUUGGAAGAAAACAGCUUAAAGAGCAAUGAAAUCAAAAAGAAAUUCCAAAAUAAAAUUUUUUUUAAAAAAAAACGUCCUUUCCUUUCUUCAAAAUGACCCAAAUGAAAAAAAAAUUCCAAAAAUAGGAAAAAAAGAAGGAGACAGUCACGAAAAAAAUUUUUAUAAGAAAAAAAAGGGCUAUAGACUUUACUUGAAACAGGUAUAGUCCGUUCAGAUUUCGAAUGCCAAGUAGAAUGACGUCAUUCGAAAACGCUAUGUGGAUGACUCGCUCUCUGAUUGGUUUAUCGCGCCAUCAGGGGGCGGAGCUUGAGGGAGAACUUGACAUUUGAAAUCUGAACAGACUAUUUCUGAGUUUUAGCAACGAGUCUGAAUUUGCAAUACGAUAUUUUUGGCAGAAAAAAAAACAAUGCGCUCCCCAACUUUUAAUUUUCCCUUGAUUAUACCUUUUCUGUUUUCAGGUGACUGACAACUGCAUGGCCUAUUGCCAAACUCAAAACGGAGUGCCGACCGACUACCUGAAAUACGCGGUUUGCAUCGGGCAGUUCGACAAGAUCCGCUCCUGCUUCCACGAGUACCUCCAGUCCCAUCCCAACAUCAAGGGCGAUACAUAA